GCUUUUUUGGCGCGCGCGCGGGCCCCGGGCGGGAUUAGCGGUGCGAGUAGCGUCCAGACGCGCAGGAGUUAAACAGUGUCAGGCUCACGAGGCGUGCGCGCCGUGCGGUCGUCAGAGACUCAGAGUUUGAAAUCAGAACAAACUGGGGGAGAAGAUGCUCGACGAGGCGUGCGCGCGCGCGGCUCGAGCUCGGCUCGAGAAAGAGUACUUAAGCGCGCUGGAGUCGUCGCUCUCUGAUCAACGCGCGGAGCGCGUUAUUUUUGAUGCACUCACGUGCUCCAUUUCCCUGGACAUCAUGCAGGAUCCCGUCAUGGCUUGUGAUGGUCACACCUAUGAACGGGCCGCCAUCGAGGCCUGGCUCUCGGCGAAUUCGACGAGUCCAAAGACGGGCGAGGUCUUGGAGUCGACCACGUUGAUUCCGAACCACAGCGUACGGCAGCUCAUCGACGCGUUCCAUCAAGCCGCGAUCGACGCGUGCGGCGCGGACGAGACGAAGGCACCGCCGCGGCGCGCGCGCACGAUGAGCAAGGCCUCGGCCCUCUACGUGCUCCUCGCCGAGGCCACGGGCGCCCACUGCCGCUCCGAUGAUGUCGUCCGGGAACUACUGAGAGGCGCCAGGCAACAUCUCACAAAAUUCGUGCCGGAGUUGCAGAACAACCUGCUGGAGCAGGCCCAAGUGAAUUCCCAAGUGGGCCUGGGCCACGCCUUCUCGCGCUGCAAGGUCAAGGCCCCGUCGUGAGAGUCACCAUCACCAUCGACGCGCACAAGGCGCGCAAGAAGCAAGUCAAGAAGAAGAAGCUACUGGCUAAGACGGUAGUAUCCA